UAAGAGGCAAGAAAUUGUAUUUACACUACAGAAAAGUGCUUUUCCUAAUCGAAUAACUUCGGAAAAGGCCAGUGCCUUAUUUUUUCCACAUUGUAUAAUAUAAUUUGACGUUUGGUACGUAAAAAUGAAUGGAACGAGUGUGGUGCAGUGAUUUUGCGUGCGUAAACAAUCGGGAAAUUCGGAAUGUGUACGUAAAGGGGUUUAAACCCACGAUAGUAGGCUGUGAAACCGAACAUUAAAUGUAUCGUGUAUGCUUUUGUUUUGUUUUUCGUUUGUUUUAAACAUGUCCAAUGUACCGCCAAAGUUUUAUCGGUUGUGUCGAUUGUGCUUAUCCUGCGAUAAAACUUGCGUGCCCAAUACGAACGAACAGAUAACCAGGAAAAUCCUCUAUUGCUUGUCAAUAUCGGUUAAAGAUGAAGACUCUCUACCAAAAUCCCUAUGUAGUAAGUGCAUGGAGCAACUAGAUUCGUACUCAAAGUUCAAAGAAGUAGCAACGAAAAGUGAGGAACUUUUGCAAAAUUUUAUUUCUUACACCAAACAGCUGAACGGAACUGAAGAGAUCUCGCAGCCAAUUAGACAAAGUGAAGAAAAUACGAAGAACGAACUGGAAUCGGAACCUGGUACUUCUAAAGAAACAUCAAAUGCAACUUCUCAAACUACUACAACAUCUGUAGUUUCUGAAGUUCGAAACCUUAAAACAGCUUCUCAGAAAGCAAUAGCACGCAGUUCCCUAGCGGGAUCAAAAAGGCGAUACCAGGAAAACAUGCGUCUCUCAGAAGAGCUGUUGGCCAGUAUUUUAACCUCAACCAUGCCCGACAUAAAAUCCGAACUCUCCGAGCUCCCUACGCAGGUAAAAGAAGAACCUGAAGUGACGGAACGUAUUGUAUCACCUCCUCCACCUCCCACCUGCAUGGAGGUGGACUCCGUACAGCCGGUCAGUACCGUACUACAAACCGGUCCGUUAUUUCCACCCUCCGAGCCCUCCACCUCGGUCGAGGUAAAAAGAGAACCGUCACCCGUCGUUCAGUAUACAGAACCUCAACAAACUGAACCCGUGAACCUCCAUAUGGAAUCUCCUCUACCUCUCCAAGUGAUUGUGUCCGAAGAUAAGGAGGUGGAAAAGGGUGCAGACGAGGUGACGCCGGUGCCCCUGAUAAAAGUCAAGCCAACGUGCAUGUUACAAGCUCCGCGCAUUUUAAAUCAGGAGGUCUCGUACGGUUUGGCACCACAACAGCCGGAACCUGCCGACCUAACCACCAAUAAGAAACUAGAUUCUUCUAAUAGCGAUCUCGAGUUUAGAGACGAAGAUAAUAUGGACACCCAGUCGGUAUCCAGCGCUAGCUCGGAUCCGGAUCGGCUGGAGGUCGACAUGUCGCAGGCGGCAGAAGACCUCAAUUCAAACUCGACCAACAGUACCUCACCGACCCCCUCGGACUGGACUAAUAUGUACAACACCACAAACGGCUUCAAUGCCGACAUGCCAAACUUAUCGGGAGAAGCCUCUCAACUGCUAAGAAAGAUCAUAAUGUGUCGUAAACUGGGAAUGACAAUCACCCCCGCUUCCCCAAAAGUGUUAAAUUACUCGUUGUUUCAAGGACAACCCCCGCCUGCGCAUAACAACGUGAAUCCCUUAGAAAAAUCGUCCGGACGCAGAAAACAAAGUUAUCCUACUAAGGCGAACAAUGUUGAAGAGGCCGAGUCAAUAGACGAUGACAGAGAAACGUGCCCUCACCGAACGAGACAGCAACAUUCGGAGGAAGAGUCGGUGGACAGUUCGCCGGAUUUCACGGGGACGCAGCCCUGGAUCAACAUAGCCGGGAGACAGUGUAAAGUGUUGGACCGGAUCCAGACGCCGCCGCCACCGAAGCGGGUGGACAUUUCGUGUACCAACUGUCGUACCCAAACGACCACCAUUUGGCGACGGAACGUACGGGGUGAGAUGGUGUGUAACGCGUGCGGUUUAUACUUUAAGUUGCACGGGGUGGAUCGGCCGUUGACCAUGCGCAGGGACACCAUACACACAAGAAGACGGAGGCCGAAGAAGGAGCUGACCAAGAAAGCGAUGGAAGAAAAGGAAAUAUGGACGAAGUACGCGUACGACCCACGGACCGGGGAGUCCUGGCGCACCUACAAUAAGAAACCGACGGGGGAAAACCCCGCCACCCUCCAGCACACCAUGUCCGAAAAAGACGAUACGGAAAGUAUGCUCUCGGCGCUACGUAAACAGCUACAACCCCAUCUGGCGAUGGCUUUAAGACAAGGGGGCGGGAACCAGGGUGGAGAUAUGGCGGCUCAGAUGCCUCACCCAACGUACUUGCCAACGACACACAAUACACCCCAACCGGUUACGGCCCAAGAGGUGGAAUCGGACGAGGAGAGUAUAGCCGAUCUGCCGCUUAAUUUGGUGGCCACCCAGAUGGCCGAGACCGAAACUCAUUGAUUUUUUCCAGCUUACGGUAUUUUUGAGACUUAAAAACGGCACUAAUUUUUGUUGGUGUGUUCAUAUCUCCUUUUGUUUUAAAGAGUUGUAAGUCACAGAUUAUACGUACAGUGGAUAGUUGAAAGUUGGAACAAAUGUAUGCUCUAAAAGGACUUUUAUUAGGCAGUUGUCUGGCAAGAUAAUAGUGAGAGAAAAAUGCUUAAAUAGUAAAAAGGCAAUUUUUUUAGGGAUAUUUUGAAAAAACUUUUUUUUUCAAAAUAUCUUAAUCUUUAACUGGCGUGGAAAUCUUAACACGUAUUGCGUUGCGGGAUUCCGGAGACCCCAAAGUUAAAAUGGUGGUUUUUUUAAUUGUUAAAAUAAAUUGAAAUUUUUUUGUUAUACCGGGUGUUAUAUCCGGUUACACGGAUGAAAAAUGGAACACUUAAAUACUUGUUUACUUUCCAAGAACAAAUGAAAUUUGGUAUAUUGAUAGAAUAGUUAGAAGAGCAUCUUUUGGCAUAUUCUGUUAUUUUUCGUUACUUCCGGUUUAACAGGAAAUGACACUACCAUUUUUAUUUUAAAUGGGAUAAUUGGUAUAAUAUUAUCAUACUAUCACCCAUUAGUAUUUUGAUAGAAAAUAAUAUUCUGAGAAUAAUGAUACCGCAUUUGCUAGUUUUUGUUUUAUACUCAUAGAAAAAAUCAAUUUUUUACAUUUUGAAAUAGGGUGCCAUGAAUGGGUUGAAAGUUUUGAUUUUGAAUCAAGUAAUCACGGAAAAAUAUAAUUCAUAAUAUUUUAUUUCUUUCACACGCCUAUUUAAAAUUUCCAA